AUGAGAUUCAACCCUGAGAGAAUCCCAGUUCUCCAAAAUAGCAGCGUGGUUACAGCAAAACUGUGUUUUGACACAAUCUCAGCCUUACCAGUGUCUCAACAAGUGUUUUCACAGUUGUACAUUCUCUACACGGUGGACUUAGAUGUGAAAAUGGCAAAGGAGAGAGUACAGUUCGAAGAUCAGAACAGCACUACAAGUGGAAAGCUGAUGGUCAGCAAGCACAUGUGCUCUGAGCUGCAGCUUCACACUCUGCCCUGUGACUUUGACUGUUUUUCCAGUGUUUUCCUGAGAGUCAAACACAAACUCUACAACAAAAAGGAUAACCUGGAGUUUGCUGUUCCUGUGCUGGACAGAUACCAGCCAUCAGAAACGCAUUUUCAGUUGCCUUACAAGAGGGACUGCAACGACAAGACCGUCUGUACCGCUCACUUAACUUUGACAAGUCAGAUUCAAAAGGAAUUAGUGGUGGGCCAGACUACAGAAGUGACCAUGAAUGUUUCACUGACAAACAGUGGAGAUGACUCAUACAUGACAACUAUGGUUGUGAACUAUCCUAAAAACCUCCACUUUAAGAUGGUGACUGUUGAGCCAUCCUCUCCUGCUGUUCACUGUGGCCAACCAGUACCAUUAACUUCUGUAGUCUUAUCCUGUAACUGUAGAAUUGGGCAUCCAGUGUUCAAAAAGACAACUGCAACAUUUUCAGUGAUUUGGCAAUUAGAUGAACGCAUGUUCCAAAACAAGGCUGCAAUCACCCUUAAUAUCACUAACAUAAAUGAGAACAGCACCAUUCUGACUAAAGAACACAUCCUUGAUGUCAGAUACUCACUGACUGCAGUCCUCACCAAACCAGUUCCUUUAAUGUACGUGAAUGUUAGCGAGGGACUUCUUGAAAACAAAGAAUUCAGAUUUAAUAUAAACGGAGAAAAUCGCUUUAAUGCUACCAUCGAGUUACACAUCUGGGUUCCUGUCAGUGUGUGUGGGCACAACAUCAUAACAGUCAAAAAUGCAUCAGGAACACAGGGGUGA